CUCAGCAGUUACUCCCUUUAUCUAUUCUUUGGGUCAAAACUUUUGAGGUGGGCUGGCUAUAUAGCAGCGGGGGAGAGGGUAAACUGGGGCGCGCGGGUUGGAGGCGCUUCAGCACCGCGGCCAGCGCCCACUGCAGCCCAACCCACUCUCUUGAGCUCCCGGACUCCUAGCUCUGAGAAUGCCUGCGGAAUGAUCGCCCCCCAGGGCGGCUGCCGCCGCUGCCGCUGCUGCUGUUAUUGCUACUGCUGUUAUUGCUACUGCUGCUGCCGCCGCCUCUGCUUCCACUCUGCUCUGACUGGCAGGCAGAAAGUGCAACUGACGAGGGAAAGGUCUCUGCAGUGAGUGGAGUGCCUACAUAAAAGAGUAAAGAGGGGCAAAAACCCAGAUCAGAAUGCAGGCGACGUCCAACCUUCUCAACCUCCUGCUGCUGUCUUUGCUUGCCGGAUUAGAUCCUUCCAAGACUCAGAUUAGUCCUAAAGAAGGGUGGCAGGUGUACAGCUCAGCUCAGGAUCCUGAUGGGCGGUGCAUUUGCACAGUUGUUGCUCCAGAACAAAACCUGUGUUCCCGGGAUGCCAAAAGCAGACAGCUUCGCCAACUACUGGAAAAGGUUCAGAACAUGUCCCAGUCUAUUGAAGUCUUAAACUUGAGAACUCAGAGAGAUUUCCAGUAUGUUUUAAAAAUGGAAACCCAAAUGAAAGGGCUGAAGGCAAAGUUUCGGCAGAUUGAAGAUGAUCGAAAGACACUUAUGACCAAGCAUUUUCAGGAGUUGAAAGAGAAAAUGGACGAGCUCCUGCCUUUGAUCCCCGUGCUGGAACAGUACAAAACAGAUGCUAAGUUAAUCACCCAGUUCAAGGAGGAAAUACGGAAUCUGUCUGCUGUCCUCACUGGAAUUCAGGAGGAAAUUGGUGCCUAUGACUACGAGGAACUACACCAAAGAGUGCUGAGCUUGGAAACAAGACUUCGUGACUGCAUGAAAAAGCUAACAUGUGGCAAAUUGAUGAAAAUCACAGGCCCAGUUACAGUCAAGACAUCUGGAACCCGAUUUGGUGCUUGGAUGACAGAUCCUUUAGCAUCUGAGAAAAACAACAGAGUCUGGUACAUGGACAGUUAUACUAACAAUAAAAUUGUUCGUGAAUACAAAUCAAUUGCAGACUUUGUCAGUGGGGCUGAAUCAAGGACAUACAACCUUCCUUUCAAGUGGGCAGGAACUAACCAUGUUGUCUACAAUGGCUCACUCUAUUUUAACAAGUAUCAGAGUAAUAUCAUCAUCAAAUAUAGCUUUGAUAUGGGGAGAGUGCUUGCCCAACGAAGCCUGGAGUAUGCUGGUUUUCAUAAUGUUUACCCCUACACAUGGGGUGGAUUCUCUGACAUCGACCUAAUGGCUGAUGAAAUCGGGCUGUGGGCUGUGUAUGCAACUAACCAGAAUGCAGGCAAUAUUGUCAUCAGCCAACUUAACCAAGAUACCUUGGAGGUGAUGAAGAGCUGGAGCACUGGAUACCCCAAGAGAAGUGCAGGGGAAUCUUUCAUGAUCUGUGGGACACUGUAUGUCACCAACUCCCACUUAACUGGAGCCAAGGUGUAUUAUUCCUAUUCCACCAAAACCUCCACAUAUGAGUACACAGACAUUCCCUUCCAUAACCAAUACUUUCACAUAUCCAUGCUUGACUACAAUGCAAGAGAUCGAGCUCUCUAUGCCUGGAACAAUGGCCACCAGGUCCUGUUCAAUGUCACCCUUUUCCAUAUCAUCAAGACAGAGGAUGACACAUAGGCAAAUGUGAUAUGUUUUCAUUGAUCUAAACAGUGUAAUUUGUGAUAAACUCUAUAGGACCCCCUCAGUUUUUUUCUUCACUAUUAUUUUUCACCAUUUCUCCAAAGCAAAGCAUUUUUAUUGUAAAGUUGGUGUUUCAAAAAAAUAGCUGAGCUUGUCUAACUUACCAUGUUGGAAACACAUCUUAACUUCUAAAUUUACAAGGCCUAUCAUGUCCUUGUCAUGAAAAGCACUAAAAAAAAAAAAAAAAGAGUUUAAGUGGCUAAAGUCAUAGUUUUGCAAGAGAUUAAUGAUCUGCCUUAUAUUAGAGUCAGAGACUAAUGGUGGCUUAAAUGCAUGAAUGUCUUUUUUUUAAAACUGUCAUUUUUUACUGUCUUUUGCUCCAUAUCAGGAAAUAUUUUGGUAGGAAUUAGGAGAACAAAAAGCACUUUUAUCCCAUUUAUUUCUUUUAAAAAUGUAAGGUUUUCAUUUAUAUUGAAAAAUAAUAUUAAUCAUUUUGCUGUUAACACAAUUCUCUGAUGCGGUGCUGUACAGUCAUUUUUAAAUCUCUUGCUAACAUUUUAUUGGCAGUAUGUAUUUCUACCAUUGUAACCACCAUUGUGCUAUUGUAUCUCUUCACUUCUGUGAAAGUAAUAUUUUUUAUAAAAUACACUGAAAUUUAAUCUCA